GACAGGAAGAAAGAGAAAGAAAAGCAGCCUCACGUAUCUUAGAAAAACAUCAUACUUUGUCCUCUCAGCCCAAGGAGGACUGUAGGAGAGGAAGGUAGUUUUUUUUUAGGAGGAGUAGGCAGAGCAGCGAGAGAGUGAAGCGGAAGCGAAGCAGAACAAGGGGGAGAGAGUUUGAGAAAGACUGUGGGAGGUGGAAAAAAAGAAGCCUGAGCUUAAAAAAGACAGAAACAGUCUUUUGCUUAUGAACAGAUAGUACCCUAAGUCAUGCUUCCUGCGUGUGUGUUUCCAUGGUGAUGUCUGGAGGGCAGACCAGCGGAGAGGCUGUUGGUGCCAGGCAGCGACGCAGGACCAGCCCGAGUCCUGAGAGAGAAGCCCUGGAGGAACCUUCCUCGCCACCUGCCGCCCACAAACUCUCACCCAUGUACCCUAAGGAGGAGCACAGCGCGGGGGGCAUCAGCUCCUCUGUCAACUACCUAGAUGGAGCUUAUGAGUACCCGAACCCCACACAGACCUUCGGCACCUCGUCGCCUGCAGAGCCUGCUUCAGUGGGAUACUACCCGGCUCCCCCAGACCCCCACGAGGAACAUCUACAGACGCUUGGCGGUGGAUCAAGCAGCCCCCUCAUGUUCGCACCCUCCAGCCCACAGCUGUCCCCGUAUCUGAGCCAUCACGGAGGACACCACACCACCCCUCAUCAGGUGUCCUACUACCUGGAUUCCUCGUCCAGCACCGUCUACAGGUCCAGUGUGGUGUCCUCUCAGCAGGCAGCCGUGGGCCUGUGUGAGGAGCUGUGCAGUGCCACUGACAGGCAGGAGUUGUACACUGGAUCCAGAGCGGCUGGAGGCUUUGAUUCAGGGAAAGAGACUCGCUUCUGUGCGGUGUGCAGUGACUACGCCUCUGGAUAUCAUUACGGAGUCUGGUCGUGUGAGGGAUGCAAAGCUUUCUUCAAGAGAAGCAUUCAAGGUCACAAUGACUAUGUUUGUCCAGCGACCAACCAGUGCACUAUUGACAGAAACCGUCGAAAGAGCUGCCAAGCAUGCAGACUGCGCAAGUGUUAUGAAGUAGGCAUGAUGAAAGGAGGUAUUCGUAAAGAUCGCGGCGGGCGUUCUGUCAGGCGUGAGAGAAGAAGAAGCAGUAAUGAAGAUCGAGACAAGAGCACCAGUGAUCAGUGCAGCCGUGCUGGCGUGAGGACGACUGGCCCACAGGACAAGAGGAAGAAGCGCAGUGGUGGGGUGGUCAGCACUUUAUGCAUGUCGCCUGACCAGGUGCUGCUGCUGCUGCUGGGGGCUGAGCCACCCGCUGUCUGCUCACGACAGAAACACAGCCGGCCCUACACCGAGAUCACCAUGAUGUCCCUGCUCACCAACAUGGCUGACAAAGAACUCGUCCACAUGAUCGCCUGGGCCAAGAAAGUGCCAGGAUUCCAGGAUCUGUCUCUGCAUGACCAGGUUCAGUUGUUGGAGAGCUCUUGGCUGGAGGUGUUGAUGAUUGGCCUCAUAUGGAGGUCCAUUCAUUCCCCUGGAAAACUCAUCUUUGCUCAAGAUCUCAUCCUGGAUAGGAGUGAAGGAGAAUGUGUUGAGGGCAUGGCUGAGAUUUUCGACAUGCUCUUGGCAACUGUGGCUCGAUUUCGGAGUCUCAAGCUCAAGCUGGAGGAAUUUGUGUGUCUCAAAGCCAUCAUACUCAUCAAUUCUGGUGCAUUUUCAUUCUGCUCCAGUCCAGUGGAGCCGCUGAUGGACAACUUCAUGGUGCAGUGCAUGCUGGACAACAUCACUGAUGCCCUCAUUUACUGCAUCAGUAAAUCAGGAGCGUCGCUGCAGCUGCAGUCCCGUCGCCAGGCCCAGCUCCUGCUGCUGCUCUCACACAUCAGACACAUGAGCAACAAAGGAAUGGAGCACUUAUACCGAAUGAAAUGUAAGAAUCGAGUGCCGCUGUAUGACCUGUUGCUGGAGAUGCUGGACGCUCAGCGGUUCCAGUCUUCAGGGAAGGUGCAGCGAGUGUGGUCUCAGAGCGAGAAAAACCCUCCAUCCACACCCACAACCAGCAGCAGCAGCAGCAACAACAGUCCAAGAGGAGGAGCUGCAGCCAUUCAGUCCAACGGCGCCUGUCACAGCCAUAGCCCUGACCCCUGACCUGUGCACUGCCACCAUAUACACAUUAUACACAAUUUGAAGAGCAGAAAUGAGGACUAGGACUUCAGUCUCUUCUUGUGCCUUACGAGAGUCUACUAUUGAAACCGAGACAUUCGAAAGAGAAUUUGUUUAUAGAAAAAAAAGUCUGUAAAUAAGAAUAAGCCUCCCAAACACUAUAUAUUGAGGAUCUAUUUACGGUUGAUUUCGCUCGGUUUUUGUGGAAGCUGAUUACAGGAAUUUGUUUUUCCCAUACACUUGAGAGAAACAGAGAGAGAUGCUAAUUCAUCUUUUAUUCUUUUACAAUUUGUGACCGUUUGACAUCACAAACUCACUUAAAGCUCUCAUACUGAUCAUAUGGCAGUCAAAAAAUACUGAUUUAAUUUUCAAUAAAUUAAUAUAUUAUAAUAGUAUAUUAGUGUUAAAAUAGUAUUUUGUAUUUUUAGAGUAUUUUAUUGUCAUAAAUAAUGUUAAUGCAAUAGUAAUUAUCCAUUUAUGACCAGAUAUUACAAAGUUUUAAGAAACAGAUCUGAAAAUGAAAUUUCCAACUUUUAAAUGUUGAAUGCAGAAAUGAAAAAGUUCCACAUCCACACAGUAGGCUACCAAAAAACAAGUAAAUUAAGUUUAAACGCUGCUCUGAUUUCCUCAUCUACAUUCUUUAUAGUAUAGCUUAUGUUUGCAUUGCAAAAAAAGAAAAAAAAAGAAUGAAUGAAGGGAUAAUUGUUUUUUUAACUACUCAAGUUCUUCUAGUUGAUGCAUGUGCCAACUUUUUCUUGCCAAUCUUAAGCCAAUUGUAAUGUUUCGUUUUUAGUUCAAUUUGGAAUUUCCACAACUUUGGCAGAGAUCGGGGGAUCAGAGUGAGCGCUCCUACUUGGCCCCACCCUGAUCAAGAAAGGCAUAAAUUAAAGCGCUCUGACUGAAUUUUAUGAUUGGUCCAGUAUUAUUACUGACAUGCUUAAAUAUUUUUUGUUUGUUUUUUGCUUUUACUUAUUUUUAUUGAAUUCUUAAUUUGUUAAAAUAUUAGCCUGUUUUGCUUUUCUUUCUUUUUUUUUUUUUAAAGAUCCUGUUUACACACAAUUCCCUAAACAGAUUACGGACGUUGCUAUUAAAUGACAGUUUUUCAUGUUAAUAAGCUUUUUAUCUAAAAUAACAUGAGCUCUGCGAUAUAAAGUGUGAACAGACAGAAAACAGCCCAGGAGAAAAGUUACUCUUAGAACAAACGGGGAAAAACCUGAUUACUUGUAAAAGGGGCUUUAUGUUAAUGAAGUGAGUCUUUUCAUUGCAAUCAGGGAUAUAUUAUGGAUCUAAAUCCCUCUUCUAUUUUAAACGUUGAUAUGUAAUUUAAUGGGGAAAAACUGCUCAGUGAUCAGUGGUAACAUUAUAGCUGCAUCUUAUUUGUGCAAAAAUGUUUACUUGUUGGUUAAUAUGAAAUGAUUUUUUUAAUUGCUGUUCUUGUUACAGUGCUGUCUGUCAUUGUUGAUUUUAUUGCUAUCUUAACAGAUUACUGCUUGAAAAGAAAGCCCAAUUUCAACAUUGUGAAGGUCUGAAAUGA